AUGUACCUCCGUUUUGAACUGGGGCCAAUGCGAUGUAUCGAUACCGCGAGAGGUUAAAUCCCCUUUUAGGUUAGGUUCUCUUAUUUAUAAUCUCGUUUUACACGUUACUUCGUAAUUGAAUUUGCCAGUAAUUCCCGCAUGCCAAUACGCGACGUACAGCGUGCUUAUUGUCGCUGAUGUUAAUAGCGCGAAUGUCAUCCGAUUUAAUUUUUCCUUGUUAGAUUUUCUAUGUCCUUUCCACGAUUUACUCGUUCUUGAAUGUAAGGCGUUGCCGCGAGUUCAUCUCGGCGUGGUGAUAUAAUUGAUUUGUAGAAUAUUUAUAUGCAAAUAUGUUGCCCUUACACAUAAUAUCGAAAUGUAAUAUAAGAACACCAAGUGGAAUGUUAUUUCAAUGGAUAAAUAAUCUUACGAGAUUAUGCUCUUCGUCUUCAUCGUCAUCAUUAUCAUCUUCUUCAUCAUCGGAUUCAUCCGAUUCCGAUUCUGAUACUGAAAAAGUAAAACCAAAGACAACAAAUGUUAAAACUGCAAGUUCUGUAGAUACAACAUCAGAUAACAAACAUGAUUUGGAAAGUUUCUUGAACAAAAUGAUACAGACAAGAAAGCUGCAAAAAACUGUUGAAGUUGCCAUACAGCCUAAAAAGAACAAAUUAAAAGAUAAACCAAUACCUUUCGAAAAGAAAAUAAUUAAUGCGGCAAAAGAUGUGGCCGAGAAACUUGGAGGAGAUACAACAAAGACUACAUCAGAUUUGCUUGAGAAAGUUCUUGCAUCUAGAGUAGAAGCAUUGAGAGAAGAACAGGCAAGCAUUGAAAGACAGAGGAACCCUAAAUACAAACAAUCGUUAGAACGCGACAAUUCUAAAGACAGUUUUCAAGAUAAACAUUUAGAAAAGAAAUCUAUAAUACAAACUCUGUUGGACGAUUAUAAAAAUAAGCAACCAAAAGUAGUUGAAGAUAGUAUAUCAAGGAAUUUAUUAAAAAGCGCUAAAGCAACUCAAAAACAGUUACAAGAAACUGAUAAAGAAAAGUCUCAUGCCAGUAGGUUUAAAGAUAUUAAUCUGUGGAAUGGAAACCCCAGUCAAAUUUUUGAAAACAUGGGUGAUAAAUCGCCAAACAUACCAGAACUGAAAACAUGGGUGGCAUUACAGCAGAGAGAGCUGAAAGCAUUGACAACUCAAUCGCCGGCUAAUGUUUUUCAAGAAUUAAUUCUUUGGACAGAGCAAGGAAAAUUAUGGAAGUUUCCUAUUGAUAAUGAGCAAGGAAUGGAGGAAGAGCAAAGUGUUCAUUUCUCAGAACAUGUCUUUAUGGAACGUCAUCUAAAGGGAUGGUGCCCUAAAUCAGGACCAAUACGUCACUUUAUGGAAUUGGUGUGUGUUGGACUUUCCAAGAAUCCAUACAUGACAGUUCAGGAAAAAAUUAGUCAUAUUAUGUGGUACAAAGAAUACUUUGAAUCGAAACAAGACCUGUUGCAAGAAUUAGGAGCAAUUCAGGAGCCGUUUCCUAAUAAAGUAAAAGAAAUUACAAAAUAAAUUGUAAAAAAAUAAAUAAACAUAUAUGUUAGCGUAACUCCAUAA